AUGGCCGCCGAGAAGAAAAUUCUUUUGUCCUCCUAUUUUCGCAUGAUGGACAGCAUUAAGUCCCGUGCGGAAAAAUUGCUCAUUUUUGUGCGUUCUUUUGAUUCCGAGAAGCAAGACAAGUCUCUUCUCGAAGACAAGCUACAGUCAGUAAAUGAAAUGCGUUCCUAUUUCCAUGAGACAGAAGUGAAGUUGUACGGGUUGCUCAAGGAAGAUGAGGUCGAAGAUUGGCAAAUGACUAACAUUCCCCUUCCCCGGUUCAAUGGCCAACUCGAAGAUUGGAUUAGCUUCAAGAACCAGUUCAAUGCCCUUGUGAAGCGUCGUGAAGGUCUUUCGGAAAGUGAGAAGUUGUUCUACCUCAAAGCCGCCAUACAAGAUGGUGCCGCGCGCCAUGUUCAGUCAUCCGAGGAUUCCUUCGCGUCCCUUUGGAAGGCUCUUUGUUCGGAGUUUGAGAACAAAAGGAUCUUAGUCGACAAGCAUAUUGCCCAAUUGUUCCAUGUGAAACCCAUUCUCCGCGAAUCUGGUUCAGCCUUGCGAAAUUUGCUAAAUGACGUCACGCGUAACAUUCGAGCCUUAGUCAACCUCGAAUUAAAACUAGAACCUCUUUCGGAGCAAUUUCUGAUCCACUUAGUCUGCACUCGCCUUGAUGCUCGCACUCGGAAGGAUUUUGAGCUGCAAUUGACCGACAACGCCCUGCCAUCCUGGGAUAAGUUGUUGGACUUCCUACAAUCUCGCUGCCGCUGUCUGGAAAACAUCGAACAAGAUGGAAAGGAUACUGCGUCAAAUCAGUCCUCGCGUCUACGACCAGAACGCUCUGGGUCUCAUGUAAUGAGAACCAUUCCCGAAAAUGUAUACACCCAAAAACCCAGCUUCGGUAACGUCACCUGUUUCGUUUGCAAAGGUACACACUUUUUGAAUCGAUGCGACCAAUUUCUGAACCUAGCUCCAAACGAUCGCUUUGCCAAGAUCAAGAGCCUAGGUAUUUGCUUGAACUGCUUCAGCAAUAAGCACUACGUGCCCGAAUGCAAGGGUAGCUCGUGUCGUAAAUGUGGUCGUCGACACCACACGUUGCUGCAUGAAUCCGAUUCGAACUCGUCGUCUUCUGUAAGAGAUGUCCGCCAACCACCAGAGUCGAACCCUAUACAACGAUCUUCAACUGCUCCUACCCCCUCGUCGAUCAACUCGGCGAUCAGUCCUGUCUCUCCGUCGACUACACGAUCACACCAAUACGUACUCUACACAGCUGUCGGGCUUGUAGAAGAUGCUCAUGGGAACUCAAUUGAGUGUCGAAUUUUACUCGAUUGUGGUUCGAUGCAUAAUUUGAUCGCAGCACGACUUGUCAAUGUAUUGAAGCUACCGAAAACGAAUGCGAAUGUCAACAUUAUUGGUGUCACUGGCUCACCUCAAUUGAUCAAAGACAAGGUCAGAGCAACGAUUCGCUCCACCUUGACCAAAGCGUCGUUCAAUUUGGAAUUUUUGGUCAUGAAAAAGGUCACAACCGAACUACCAAUGAAAUCGUUCCAAAUAGAUUCCGAUCAGUUUCCAUCAGAUGUAGCACUGGCAGACCCUUCGUUCAAUCGAUCGCGACGAAUCGAUAUGCUGCUAGGAGUCCAAGUGUUCAAUGAGCUAUUCACAGGUCAAUCGUUUUCGUUGACAGAUGAUCACACGUUCUGGUGUAAAGAGACCAUUUUCGGAUGGGUAGUUGGUGGUGCAGUUAGCGAGCAGGGAGCAGAGCAAUCUUCCUCGAACAUGUGCGGAGUCGUGACGAACGAAGCGUUGAGCGAACAGAUGAGCAGGUUCUGGGAAACGGAAGCCAUUCCCGAGCCUCAAAAGUUGACCGAAGAUGAACUAGCUGCUGAACGAAGUUUCCAAGAGACAUGUCGGAGACUACCAGAUGGGCGAUACGAAGUUGGACUGCCACUCAAGAACAGCAUCGAUCAAUUGGGCGAGAGCGAGACGAUGGCACUGCGACGAUUGAUACACAACCCGAACGUCUACGAGCAGUACCGAGCAUUCAUGGCAGACUAUCACGAUCAAGGGCUUAUGGUCAAGACAAACCAGAUGGUCGAGGGAGCGUACUUCAUGCCUCAUCAUGCGGUGUUCAAGCCGGCGAGCACCACUACUAAAACGAGAGUCGUUUUUGAUGCGUCGGCGACGACAACGACGGGAAAGUCACUGAACGAUCACCUUUUCGUCGGUCCCGUGGCCGUGGUCCAGCGUAAGCUAGCAGAUACAGUCCUGCGAUUCCGAAUUCCGAAAAUUGCGUUCACUGCGGACAUCACCCAAAUGUUCCGGCAGAUCGUCAUAAGGCCGCAAGAUCGCAAAUGGCAACAGAUUUUUUGGCGUUCGCAACAGAACGUUCCUUUGGAGGUGUACCAGUUGGCUACAGUCACUUACGGCACGGCAUGUGCACCCUUCCUUGCGACACGUGUACUGAAGCAGCUGUGCGAAGACGAGAGUGAGCGUUUCCCCUUGGCAUCGAAGGCGGGAACCGAAGACUACUACAUGGACGACCUGUUGAGUGGGGCGAAUACAGUGGAAGAAGCGAUGGCGAUGCAAUCCGAGUUCGUGGAAAUGAUGUCAUCCGGAGGCUUUGUGCUGCACAAGUGGGCCUCCAAUCACCCUGCAUUGUUGCAAUCCGUUCCGGAUUCCGACAACGAGCAAGUCGCAUUUUUCGAGGACGAGAAGACCACACGAACAUUAGGGUUAACCUGGCAGCCCCGCAACGAUGUGUUCCUCACCAAAGUACACGAGAUUCAGUUCCAUACCGGCCAACCAACAAAGCGAACUGUGUAUUCGGACAUUGCCAAACUGUACGACCCACUAGGCCUGCUGGGUCCGCUGAUCUUUGCUGCAAAAGUGAAGCUGCAGAAACUGUGGCACCUCGAAGUGGACUGGGACGAAGCUUUGAGCACAGAAGAGACCGAAUCUUGGGAAUGCUUCCGCAACCAAAUUGUUCAAAUGGGCGAAAUCUCGAUUCCACGCUGUGUACUCCCCUACAAUUCACCAAACAGCAUAGAAUUGCACGGCUUUUGCGAUGCAUCUGACCUGGGCUACGGUGCAUGCGCCUACAUUCGAUCGGUCGAUUCGAAUAACGAUUGUUCGGUACUAUUGCUAACUUCUAAGUCUCGAAUCGCACCCCUCAAAAACGCAAAACUGACUACCGCACGUCUCGAAUUUUGCGGUGCGCUUGUACUUGCACGAUUGAUUUCUAACAUAACGCAAAACUUGAGCAUUACCUUUUCCAGAAUCACUCUCUGGUCCGAUUCCACGACCGCUUUAGCUUGGAUUAGGACCGACCCAAGCAGACUGAAAACCUUCGUCUGCAAUCGCGUCAUCGACAUCCAAAACCUGACGCACGACAUGGAAUGGAGGUACGUCAAUACCCUCGACAACCCUGCGGAUGUCCUAUCCUGA